CUGUGGCUGCUGGCCCUGUUGGGCUGGGGCUCCGGCGGCAAGGUGUUGGUGUGGCCGGCUGACAACAGCCACUGGCUGAACAUGGAGAAAAUACUACAGGAGCUCGUGGCCCGGGGCCAUGAGGUGACCGUGCUGCUGCCUUCGUGCUUCCUCAUCCUCAACCCCACAGAGCCCUCACCCUUCCGGUUUGAGGUGAUUGAGGUGCCGAUCACCAAAAAGGAGAUGGCUGCCUUAAUCGAUGAAACUUUCUACUUUCUUUCUUAUGAGGUGAGAAAGCUACCUCUCUGGGAAACUGUUUACAAGAUAGCUCAAAUGAUAAAACAGAUGAAUACCGUGACCAAAACAAUUUGUGAUGGAGUUGUGAAGAAUGAGRCCCUGAUGGAGAGACUGAGGGCAUCCGCCUUYGAUGUCCUUUUGGGAGACCCACUGGUACCCAGUGGGGAGCUGGUUGCUGAGAAGCUGGGGAUCCCCUUUGUUUAUACCUUCCGGUUCUCCAUGGGCAACACGGUGGAGCGGAUCUGUGGAACACUCCCAGCACCUCCUUCCUAUGUACCAGCCACGCUAAGCACUCUAACAGAUAGGAUGACCUUCUGGGAAAGGCUAAAAAAUGCUCUCAGCUACACUGUACAGGAUUUCGUAUAUCAUUAUUUUCUUUCUGGAAGCUGGAAUCAAUACUACAGUGAAGUUUUAGGUAAGGCUGMUCUCUUUCCAGAAAUUACAUCUGCUGUACACACGAGAAUAAAUAACCAAAGCUGAGACUCWGGUUGAGGCACAAAUUAGUAGCAAGACAGCUCCAAAUUCAUUAYCGUUCCUUCAAAAUUCCUGCAUCAAGCCAAACAAUCCAGGCAAGUACCUUGCCUGUUCAUCCUGACCUGCUACAYUGGCACAGSUAAGUGUGUACARGUAUUUUGAGGAUAUGUAGAACAGUGCUAAAGCCACUUGAAGCAGCUCAUUAGUCAUAUGCAUAGAUUUAUCAUGGCAAAUAUUAAGAACAGUAAAAAACAACCAAACACUGACACUUUUUUCCCCUAGCACCUUCUUGCUUGCUCCCUUGCUCAAGAUGACAGAUAUURACCUCCCCCAGUCCUUUAAAAGUCUGGGAGAUCAGACGAGCCCCAAUUCACAGUGAUAAAAGGCCCUCCACUCUGCUUUUCUGAAAGCGUCUAAAAUACUAUUUGAGAAUAGUUAUAUUUAUAAGAUAAUUUUUUUUAAAAAUAAUGGUUUUAUAAUUAUUUUCCCAAUUUUUGCUCUAGGCGAGUAAUGCUUGAAAGGAAUCAGGCCAAACGUAUAUGCAUUGCAGUUGGGCAGAUAAAAUGGAGAUUAUUUUCAUAUGAGSKUCUAAAG